UUUCCAUGGUAUCUGCAGGUCAUUGCUCCUUGGAGAAUGCCUGAAUUCUAUACCCGCUUCCGAGGACGGAGUGACCUCAUGGAGUAUGCUAAGGACCACGGUAUUCCUGUCCCCGUCACCCCCUCUCAUCCCUGGAGCAUGGAUGAAAAUCUUAUGCACAUCAGCUAUGAAGCCGGUAUCUUGGAGAACCCGAAGAACCAGCCGCCUCCUGGCAUCUACACAAAGACCAGAGAUCCUGCUACAGCUCCAGACCUUCCGGACAUCUUAGAGAUUGAAUUCAAGAAAGGUGUCCCCGUGAAGGUCACGAAUGUGAAGGAUGGGGCUGUUUACCAUUCGUCCCUGGAGCUGUUCACUUACCUGAACGAAAUUGCUGGCAAGCAUGGUGUUGGGCGUAUUGAUAUUGUGGAGAAUCGGUUUAUUGGGAUGAAGUCAAGAGGUAUCUAUGAGACUCCAGCGGGGACAAUCCUCUACCACGCCCAUUUAGACAUCGAGGCCUUCAUGAUGGACCGUGAGGUGCGGAAAGUCAAGCAAGGGCUGGCCUUGAGGUUUGCCGAGCUGGUAUACAACGGCUUUUGGUUCAGCCCAGAAGGCGAAUUUAUCCGCAGUUGCAUCAGCCGUUCCCAAGACCUCGUGGAAGGAAAAGUCCGGCUCUCUGUCUUGAAGGGUAACGUCUACAUUUUGGGAAGGGAGUCAAACCGAUCCCUGUACAAUGAAGAACUUGUAAGCAUGGAUGUUCAAGGGGGUUAUGAACCAUCUGAUGCUACUGGAUUCAUCAACAUCAAUUCCCUUAGGCUGAAAGAAUAUCAUCGGCUCCAAGACAAGGUCAGCCUGGCGCAGAAUUAAUGGCAAUCAAGGGGACCAAAAGCUCUUUCGCUCCCCUUCUGCUAAUUUCCUCCUGGCUCUUAGAAUCAGGGUAGUAAUUGGUAACUGUUACCCACCUUCUCCAGCAAGGUUUUGUUACGCUGUUCAAUGCCAAGGUGGCCCGCAGAAAAGCAGAGUGUGCUCCUGCGAACGAAGAUGUUAUUAAAAUAUUUGUGUCAUUAUUUCUCCUUUCUAAGGAGUGGGGCCUUUCU